GAAUCAAUACUGCACCAUCAGAGCACCGGCGCCAUUGCAGCUUGCACCAUCACAAGCACAGCUUUCUGUCGCUAAAUUGUUACGAAUUACAGCCUAAAGGAUUUGCUGUCAUAUAUCAUUUUCUGCGACUCUUCGCCGGUCUUCUGCCUCCUCAACAGAGUGUUCCGACCAUCAACGAGAUAAUUCUCUUUCGGCAGAUACUGAGGCGCACUUUGGCAGAAAGUUCAAACAGUCGCAGUCCUUGGUUCGCCUUCUCAAUGGGAAUUUCCGGGUCAAAGGAAAAGAACGGCGCUAAACGACGGCCAAUGGAUGUUGAAGUGGAAGACAGAAAGCAUUGGCAACAACAAGUGGAACAGAAAGAACAGCAACUGCAGCAGAACCACUUACAAGAGCAACAACAAAAAGAUCAGCAAGAACAACCACCCCAGAAGCAGUACCAGCACACUCAGCAUCACCAACAGUCUUCACCUCAUCAGCAGCCCUUGUAUCACCACCAACAGCCUUCUCCAUACCAGCAGUCCCCAUAUCACCACCAACAGCCUUCACCACAUCAGCAGUCACCAUAUCACCACCAGCAACCUUCACCACACCAGCAGUCACCAUAUCACCACCAGCAACCUUCACCACAUCAGCAGUCCCCAUACCAUCAACAGCAGCCUUCACCACAUCAGCAGUCCCCAUACCAUCACCAGCAACCUUCACCACAUCAGCAGUCCCCAUACCAUCACCAGCAGCCUUCACCCCAUCAGCAGUCCCCAUUCCACCACCAACCACCUUCACCCCAUCAGAAAUCUCCAUAUCUCCAACAAGCAGCUUCACCACAUCCACAGUCCCCACUUAAUCACCAACAGCUGCCACCUCAUCAUCAGGCUGCUCAACACCACCAGCAGCCAUCAGAAAUACACCAACAGCCCCCUCAACAUCACCAACAGCCAUCAGAAAUACACCAACAGCCCCCUCAACAUCACCAACAACUGUCACCAGUGCAACAGACCCCUCAGCAUCACCAGCAGCCAUCACCAAUUAGCCAACAGGCUCCUCAACAUCACCAGCAGCCAUCAACACUACAACAGCGCCAAGAGUCAUCACCACUUAACCAACAGGACACUCAGGAUCACAAACUCCCAUCACCCCCACAGGCCCCACAGAACCGUCAGCAGCCAUCGCCACUUCAGAAACAGAGCCUACAGUAUCACCAGCAGCCAUCGCCUUAUCACCAACAGUCAUCACAUCACCAGCAGUCAUCACCUUAUCACCAGCUCCCAUCCCCUUACCACCAUCAACCAUCACCAUAUCAACAGCAGCCCUCUCAAUACCACGAGCAGUCUUCUCCAAAUACCCAAGAAGCACAUCAACAGCAUCACAAAUCACCACCACAGGAUCACCAACGGUCUUCGCCACAGCAGCAGCAGCAGCAGCAGCAGCAGAAACCGCCUCCGUCGCCCCAUCAGCAACUGCCUCUGCAACAGCACCACCACCAAGCCUCUCAGCUCCACCAGCAGACUCCACAGCAGGUGUCACAGAAAAAGCAGCAACAGCAGCAGGAAAACCACUGCGAUACUCAGCAAGGUCAAGCCGAGCCAGGGGAGAAACAAAGUCCACCUGUUGAAGUGAAGACGGAAGUAGUUGACGACGAGCCAGAGGAAAUAGAGGAAGAAAUUGAGGACGUCGAAGACGUAGAGGACGUGGACGACGAAGAGGAGUUGGUCGAAGACGAAGAGGAAGCGAUAGCUGAGGACGAAGACGACGAGGAGGCGGAAUCUCUGGGUGAGAGCAUAGCACAGCUGAGUGAGGAGUACUUCACGGACGACGCAAGUGACUACGGGGCUUCACCAAUGCCAAAAAUUCCACAUGGUAUUCCAGGGAAAGUCUUCCAUGAUUGUGUCCAUGGAUCAAUGUGGCUGCAUCCACUGUGUGUCAAACUUGUUGACACACUUGAGUUCCAGAGGCUUCGUAACAUAAAGCAGUUGGGCCUUGCAUAUCUAGUGUACCCAGGUGCAGGCCACAAUCGUUUUGAACAUUCCCUUGGUGUAUGCUACUUAGCAAGUCGGAUGCUUGAAGCAUUAGAACAGAAUUCUACCAAUACAUCAAAUGAGAGGCUUGUAACUGAAGAAGAAGCUCUUUGUGUUCAGAUUGCGGGACUCUGCCAUGAUCUGGGUCAUGGCCCAUUUUCUCAUACAUGGGAACAUUUUGUUAGUGACUAUGAUCCAUCAUGGAAGCAUGAAACUAGCACACUUGAAAUAUUUGAUGAAUUAGCAAAUCGUUUUGAUGAAGACUUCAAAAUGUUUGGCUUAGACAGCCCAAAGAAGAAACUAAUUAAAGAGCUGAUCAAAGGAGAACCACUCAAUGAGGGUGAGCCUAUGUCAUUGAGUGCUGAUAAGUAUUUUAUAUAUGAGAUAAUAUCAAAUAAAACUAAUGACAUUGAUGUCGACAAAUGGGAAUACCUCGCAAGAGAUGCAGCGCAGCUUGGUGUGCCAGUAGCAUUUCAAAGCAAACGUCUCUUUGAAUUUUGUAGAGUUGGAUUUGUGGAAGGUGAUGAACGUGCUCACAUAAUAAUCAGAGACAAGGAGGCCAUUACUGUCUUUGCUAUGUUCCAAGCUCGAUCAGAACUACAUUACUUUGCAUAUCAGCACAGAGUUGUUCUCAGCUUAGAAGAAAUGUUGUUGGAUGCAUUCAGAGAAGCUGACAGAGUUGGAUACACACAUAAUGGGUACAAACUAUCAGAGAUACAUAAGGAUGCGAGAGCAUUUGUGACUUUGAAUGACAGCAUAUUUUAUAAUUUGUUAUACAGCCAUGAUGAAUACUUGGAAACCUCAAGAAGACUGCUUGCUGAUAUAUGUGAAAGAAAAAUAUACGAAUUUGUCUGUCUAAAGCAUAUAACACCAGCAGAGGUUGCUGAACGCAUGCAGUCAAUAAGAAAUCAGACAAAAGAUGAGAGUGAAAUUCAGAGAUUACUGUUAAAAUCUUUUGUUUCAAAUGCAAAAGAAAUGAUACGGAAAACUGGACUUCUAACAGAUGCUCAGGUAGAAAGCCUAAUCUACAAAAAAAUAGAGAUGAAAGUUCGGCAUGCACCUGAAAGAGAUGCUCUCGACACUGUUUAUGUGUACAGUAAAUACACACCUGAGAAGGGGACUGCACUAAGAAACUGGAAGAAUGUUCCUAUUUAUCCUAUUGAUGUUGAAAAAUUGUGUCAUGUUGACAUACUAAUUCUCACAAGGACCAAGCUGAGUGAUACUGUUUUAAAAAAAUUAAGAGAACUUAGUGAUCACAGAGUGUUCUGAUGAAGUGGUUAAGUAAGUUUCUUUAAAAUAAAUGAUGAUGUCAUGUUCCUAAGACAGCGAAAUUCAUACUAUUUUUAAAUACUAAGCUGUUCUAAGUCUUAUCUAAGAUGUCAUAAAUCAGUUUUUUGACAUUUGUUAUGAAAAAAGGUUCCACUUUUGUGGGGUACUGUGAAUUAUUAAACAAAAAAUUAAGAGGUACAAAUAUUUUGUAUAUUUUGUAUUUGAAUAAUCUGUCAUCAGUCAUAAUUUAAAUAUAUUUAUUUUCUAAGUAUGUAUGCAUUGUAAAUAACUACCUAAGUUAUUCAAGGACUUGUGGCUUAAUGCUCAAUUAGUGGUGAGCUGUGUGUGAAAUAUCACUCUGAGAUUUUUUUAAUGUGCUUCAUUGUUCAUUUGGUAGUUGCUCUGAAUUAUAAGCACAGAGAUCUAACACUCUCUAAACAGUUGCAGUAUUUUCUAGCCUACAGUCUUAUUUUUCUUCAGUUGUAUGGUGCUUAUGUUGAAACUGAUGUAACAAGUUUGAGUUUUAUUUGGUAAGUUUGAAUUUUAUGUAGCUAUGUUUCACUCACACAAAGAAAAAUUUUAAGUAUGGCUCCAAAAGUGUUUUAUAAUUUCCUGUUGAAAUACCUGUGUCGUGUAACAUUUUAA